AGACCGGAACCCACUUGACUUCCUGUCUGUGACAGCCGUCUCAGAGAAAAAGGCCGGGCUUGACACUGAACUCUUCUCCCUUUUUGCUCAGCGCUUCAACCCGAAAGCUGCAGACAUGUCGAAGAACACAGUGUCCGCCCGCUUCAGACGAGUGGACGUGGACGAGUACGACGAGAACAAAUUUGUGGACGAGGAGGACGGAGGAGAAAACCAGUUGGGUCCUGACGAAGCAGAGGUGGACUCCCUCAUCAGACAAGGAAAUCUCAUGGAGGCGUUACAUGCUGUACUGAAGAACCCACCUAUCAACACAAAGAACCAGAAUGUCAAGGAUCGUGCGGAGGGUCUGGUCCUGAAGGUGCUCAGUGCCUUCAAGAGCAGUGACAUCGAGAAAGGCGUGCAAUCGCUUGAUAAGAACGGCGUGGACCUGCUGAUGAAAUACAUCUACAAAGGCUUUGAAAGGCCGUCAGAAAACAGCAGUGCUGUCCUGCUGCAGUGGCAUGAAAAGGCUCUGGCUGCCGGAGGAGUGGGCAGCAUCGUCAGGGUACUAACGGCAAGGAAGACUGUUUAAAAGCGGAGCAGAAAAGCGUUUCACGUCACAGACACACUGCACUGUUCAUGUACCAGAUGGCAGAGUUUUUAACCCAAUGAGAUCCUGGUUUGCCCAAGGCAAAACCACAUAACACGAUCGGGGUCGUAUUUGGUUAAAGACAGAUUUUUAUGUUCCUUCCCAUUUAUGAUCACAGCUGAAGUGAUGCUCUUCACAGGGUGCUACAGGUACUACAUCCCAUCUGAGUGUCUGCGGAUUCCCUGAGUCUUUUUAUAAACAUCCACGAAUGUCAUUCCUGUGCAUCUGCUCAGCAGAAAAAUGCAGCCAUAUUCUUGCUCUGCUAAUAUCUUAAAAUUAGAAGAUUUGAAUUAAAUAAAAAGGUUCAGUACCACUGCUGUACACUCUGCUCACACACUCCAUUUGUGCUGAAACAUGGUUGUAACUGGUAGUAAUUUAUCCACACCAACAACCAGAAGGUUUAUGCUUUUUCACUUGUUUUUCAUCAUGUUAUUUCAACCUCAGACUUGAUGAUGGAAUAACAGCAGUAAAUCCUCUUUAGAGUAACACUCGAGCAGUGGGAGUCUCCUGAAAAGCACAGUCACAGAUGGAGGGUGAUGAGUUUGCCCACAGGGGUCAGCAUUCACCUCAGGGAGGGGAGGAGGAUUAUUACCCACGAUGCAUCUCCACCACCACUGAUAUUAAUCCCACUUUGCUGUUCCUCACACCCACAUGCUCCCUCUGCUACUGAACAGGGUUGUAUGUGGCUCUGCUGGUACUGUUUUUAGAAGCUGCAUUUUCUGUGUACUUUCAGGAAAAACACAUCACCACAAUGAAAUGCCCUCAGAUCUUUUUUUAAUAAGUAUUUAACAGAAAAAUAAAUCUAGGAUUAAACUUUUUUUUUUUUUUUUUUGUUAUAUUUGCCUAAAAGCCAAAUCCCCACUCUAUUAAACUAAAUUAUUAAAAAUGCUCAGAGCUUCAACAGUACUGAUGUUAGUCAGUAAAAUGACUAUUUUGUUUUGCUGUAAAUGGAGAGGGAAUUUAUCUGAAUUUAAAAAUAUAUAGUUUGCAUGAUCCCAUUUUUUUCAAACACAAUCAAGCAUUUCAUACUCAUCUUUGUACUUGUUUUGUCUCUGGGAAGCAUUUUUUUUUUUGUAUAAUCUUUUGAGUUUAAAUUCAUGCUGUAGGAUUUUAAAAACAAAAUCAUCCUUAUUGUUGGAAGUUCCACCUUAACUACCACUGAUACUAAGCUGAAUUAAGAUUUUAUAUAAGACUGAGGAAAACUGGAAAUGAUUAUGUUUUAUCUGCCUUACUGGGGUAGAUUUCAUCUGUUGCCAAAUGUUUUUUCUGUUGAAUUGUGUAGCCUAUACUGGUGAUUUAGUUGAGUUUGUGUGUUAGAGGAGACGUUGCGGAUUUAUCAAUAUUUACAGCAGGGGUGGCCAACAUCGGUCCUCGAGAGCCACGAUCCUGCAGGUCUUCCAAAUUUCCCUGCUCCACCACACCUGACUCAAAUUAAAUGGAUCCAACAGCCUAUAAGGAUCUGCACAAUGACUA